AUUGUUCAACUUUUCUCGAACGUCCUAACUGUAGAGGUCCUAGCCUAACUAGCUAACGCUAGAUAGCUAGCUAUAACGCAAUACAUCCAUGCUAUAACGCCCUAGCUUACUUAGCUAGGUAGCGUGCUAACUUUAGCUAACCAAGUUCGUGGGCUGAGUUCGCUGUUUCGAUUAGUGGUAGCACGAAUGUACCUUCGACAGAAUAGUUUGUAUAAAAGUCGGGAUUGUUUAGAUAAUACCAUCACUUCAAUCCGACGUAUUUCCAACUGUUUACCGACAAGAACGAUCAUGUCAGCAAUCAAGAUUGCCCUGCAGCAGAGCCAGAAAAAGGGCAGAAGGAAAACCUCUGAAGCAAUGUCUGCAGAGGUGUCCCCAGACUCCAAGUGUCCCAUCUGUUUGGACAUAUUUAACAACAUUUCUUACCUGAACGUCUGCCUACACAAGUUCUGUUUCCGCUGUAUUCAGGAGUGGUCGAAGAACAAAGCUGAGUGCCCUCUAUGCAAACAGCCAUUUAAUUCAAUCUAUCACAGUAUAAAAUCAGAUCAAGACUUUAAGAAGUAUGACCUGCAGCCGGUGGAUAAUGGCUCUUUCGGGACUUUUGGGGGAGUGCGGUUUAGAUACCGCACAACUCUUACUGGAGUCCAUCGACAGAUGCGGGGAAGGACCUCUCCACCUCCAGACAAUGGAGUAAUGUUUGAAGCCUCAGCAAACCCUCCACAACAGCCGCAGGACCGCUACAUCCGGCGGAUGAUGAAGAGGUUGGCAGCCAAGAGGAGAGCUGCGAGUGAAGGCAGGGCAGUGAACAGUGUCAGAGAGCAGGAAAUGGUAAACUUCAGGAGGGAACUGUACCGACGGGGGGUGAGGAUUCGGAGUGUCCGGGAUGGAGGCCGCUCCCGAGACACCUCAGCUGAGUUCUUCCGAAGAAAUCCUGCCUGCCUACAUAGACUGAUCCCCUGGCUAAAAAGAGAACUCAUUGUGCUAUAUGGGGCCCAUGGCUCUUUGGUCAACAUAGUUCAACACAUCAUCAUGUCACGCAUUACACGUUAUGAUAUGGAGGAUGGAGCUAUUCAGGAAGAGCUCAGGCCGUUCCUCCAGGGACGCACAGAGCACUUUUUGCAUGAGUUCAUCAGCUUUGCAAAGUCCCCCUUCAAUAUGGAGGCCUAUGACCAGCAUGCUGCCUACGACUGCCCCGCCCCUUCCUCAAAUGAAGACAGCAGUUCCAAUUCAUCUGUAAUAGCUAUCUCAGAGGAUGAGGAAGACUCAGUGGAGUUGGACCCCCCAGGAGACUCCACGUCUACUUUGAGCCACUCUGCCUGGGAUGAUGAGACGCCUGGGCCAUCAUAUUCUACGACAGCGGAGCAGAGCAGGGCCGAGUGUCUGUCAGUCCUCGACUUAGACUCCGAUUCAGACAGCAGUUUAGAGGAGGAGACACAGGAGUUUGGGGCCUCUCCACAGCAAAUGACUCCUCAUAACCAAACAGAUGUGGCACACGGUGGAGUUAACAAUGAAGAGUGUCUGUCUUAUGACAGCGAUGACUGUGUCAUUAUAAAUUUCAUUAAGCCAACAGCAGAGAGGACUCCUGAACUGGUUCAGCUCUCCUCUGACUCUGAUGAGUCUGCUAGUGAAGAUAUUAAAGCAGUGCCUCUUCUACCUCAACACAUCCGCUUCUCCAGUCUCAGUCCCAUAGCUUCACAGAGUAGUGAUCCAAGUGGUGCUGGACAGUCAGAAAAUGCAGAAACGGACCACUAUCAUCAGUUUCAUUCAAAAGACCGAUGUAGCUCUUCGACAUAUAGCAGACACAAGACAUCCAGUAAGUUAGACAGAAAAGACACAGGUAGAAGAUUUGACAGUAAUGAUAGAUCUAGAGAGAGGCACUUGUCUAAGGACAGAGACCAUAGGAGAAAGAGGAGGUCAAGAAGUGCAGAGCGCAGGCACUCUAGCAGGAGCCCGGUGAUCUCCCCCAGCAGCACUCGAUCCAGAGAAAGAGGUUCUUCUUAUUCCAGUAGCAAAGACUACUCAAAAUGUGACCGUAAUUAUAAAAGGAGAGACUGUGGUUACAGCUAUCAAUCAAAUAGGCAUUACAGCCAAGAGAGAAAUAAUAGCGGGAUGAAUUACACAGAGAAUCGGUCCUACUAUUACAGUAUUCGCAACUACUCAGAUCGGCACUCUUGCUCCAGGAGCCACAGCAGAGAUUCGCGGAGACGAGACAGGGGGCAUUCUCGUUCGAGGACUUGUUCCAGCAGUCGCUCCCCUUCAACGAAAAGUAGAUAUCACACUAAUAAGCCUGGUGGGAAGAGGAAAUACAAAACAAGACAUUUGGAAGAGGCAUCCAAAAACACACUUCCCCACUCAAAUACUAACGGUGACUCCCCCGUGUUGUCAACAAAACAUAAGAAAAAGAGCAAAGAGAAGCAUCGUAAAAAAUCCAAAGACAGGUCAAGAAAGAUUAGCAGGAGCCUCAGCGUGGAGCUCGUCAAUGAGGAAAACUCUAAUGAGCGGAGCAAGCAUCACCAUAAGAAGAAGAAGAAACACAAGAAGAAAAGUAAAAGGCACAAGAGUAACGAACGCACAGAGAAACACUUGCCCACUGUCAUCACCAUUGAUAGUGACAGCGAUUCUUUUUGCGAAUGACAGUGUUCAGAUGGCUUCACCGUUAGCAGCUAAUGUCUGCCAGAAGUAUUUUACAUCAAAACAAUGUUCAAUAUGUUGAAGGUCACCAGACCUUGACGGAUAUAGUGAAUACACAUAUCCCUUUAAAUGCCACCGCAAGUGUUUUCUACUGCAACAAUUCAUUGGACACUGGCUUACACGAUUGUAUUAGCCAACACCUAAAAUAAUCUUAUUGUACGUGCAAAGUGCCACUAUGAACAAGGAACAAGCAGAAUGGAAUCAUUGGGAGUCGCACAUCUUUUUUAAGUGUCAAUUCUUAUUCAAGAAAUUCAUUUUCUUUAAUGGAUGUAUUUUAUUUUAAGGUGGUCUCAGGGAUAAUAUUGAUUACAGUGAUUUUUUUUUUUUUUGUCAUCACAAUUCAGCUAUAUUCUUAAUGCAAAACAAAUUCUACUUGCACAUGGAGUAGUACUUAUUAUCCGCGGAUGAUGUUUGGAUUUCAGACUUGGCUCUUUUGUAUUCAAUUUUAUUUAAAAUAAAUUGUAAUGAGCAA